AAAUGUGUGAAGAUUCAAUGUGAAAUGUGUUGUGGAGAUGUGUUUUUGAGCGUGUAGAUUAGUUUAGUGGUUGAGAUUAAUUGGAAAUCACAACCAUGCAGCGGUGGCAGUGCAUAGAAGAGGACUUCAGUUCUGAAGACGAAACUAGUAAUUUCUCAAAUAGAAAAAUAUUUACUGCUAAAGAUCGUAUCGAAGAAUGGUUGACAUUACGUACGUUUGAAACUGCUUCAGAGGUACUUCAGAGACCUUCUGUUAGAUCCACUACAUCAGUAUCUGGAAAGAUAUGCGUUGCAAUUAAUGAAACCGUUUUUGUGUUUAAUGACGACAAGUGUUCAGACUUAAUCAUCAGCAUUAAUGUUGGAAGUGAGGUGGAUUGCUGUUGUUUUAUAGACAGAGCUAAUGUACUGUUAGUUGCUACCAGAAAAGGUGAAGUCACUUGUGUCUCCUUUCAAGGACAUGUUGUUUUUGUGAGAACUAUUUCUACUGAGAUGUGUGGUCAAGGAUACACUUUUGUGAACCUAUUUGAAGUUGGAGCACACCAAAAUAGAGGAACAUAUAAUGCAGUAUUGGUUGAUCACCGUGGGAGCAUUUACAGGAUUUCGUGGCAUGAAAAUCCUCAUAUGAAUAAAAAUGUAGAUGUUGCCGUACAGAUCUUGAAAGAUGGAAAAGAAAAUAACAAGGUAUCUUCUGCGAUUUUAACACCAGGAACUGAGUGGACUAUUGCAUGUCUUGGGUCAAAUCUCACUCUUUGGUCUGGAACUUCAGAGAAUAUUUGUAAUUUUGCUGACUAUGAUUUGAAAGAAUGUGUUAAAGCUCAAAUGUGGAAAGAGAAAUUUUUUGUGUGUUUGACUUCUGAAGGAGAACUUGCUCUGAUGUGUGCAAAAACAUUGCUUUGUUGUACUACAUGGCAUAAGUUCACUGUUCAAGACUUCAUUAUUGUGAAAGAUGAGAAUGAUUCACAUAAAGAAAAUAUUGCACUACUUUCUGCAUUAAAUAGUUCAUCAAAGUGCAUUACUAUAUUAUCAUUACCAGAAUUGGAAAUUAAGCAUGAAGUGAAAAUAUCUGAAAUGUCAUGGUUUAUAUCUUCUCCAUUUACAGUCAUGUGCAUUGAAGGAUACUCUUCUUCUGACAAUGUUGUAAAAUUGAAAAUCAUUAUAUUGUCAAAAUGCCAUCCUCGGCAGAGAUUGCAGUUGUGUUUGAAAGAACAUAAAUUUGAUGAAGCUGAAGCUUUAGCAAGACAAUUUGAUCUUGAUGUAGAAAUUGUUUUUAAGGAGAAAGCUUCAUUUUUUGUAAAGACUUUGUCUUCACAAAUUGAUCGUCCACUUUUCAACGACUUGAUUCAUACUUUAGAUCAGAUAUCAGAUAUCCAAUUUGUUACUUCAUUUUGUGCAGAGCAAUGUGUAUGUCAAAUGCGUGAUAUGAAAAGCAUGUUAAGAUAUGCCCUGAAGAGGAUACAAACACUUAAGAAACCGUUGCCUGCUGAUAUAGAGCAGAUAUAUUUGAAAAUUUCUACAAAAUUCCGUCAUCUACAAACUAUUUCUUUAGUGAAGGAUGACAUUUCAUUUAAUCAUAUGAAAUGGAGAAACAUUCUGGAUAUUGAUUGGUUGAAGGCACUCUUCACAGCUCUUUCAGAUGGUAAUAUAGAAAAGGCCAAAUAUAUUUGGUUGAGGCAUUUGCAAGAUGGACAGAUUAUAAAAGAGGAAGAAAUUAAGCAACUGAUUGUAUCUAUUUCACCAUCUGCAAAACUGAGUGAAGUUCUAAAGUGGCUGCAAUUAAUAAUACCAUACAUACAACAAUAUGCACCAGACAUUAUGGAAUGUCUUGUAAAAUGGGUGGUGUAUAGAUCUAAAUUGAUGGAGAACGAUGAACAAUGGCCUUGGUCAGCAAUAAAUUUUGUCGAAGAAUAUUAUGCAUUAACAAAAAAAAUUGACAAGAUGGAAGAAGAUAAACCAUCUUGUUCUUAUGGACAUAAUCAUAAGUAUUUACUGUCAUUUUUAUCUGAUCUUCGGAGUAUAGAAUCGUUAAGAAAAAAUUAUGGAAUAAAAAUACAGUUGCAGGAUUUCUUACAAGAGAAUAAAUUGGAAGUAGCAAAGAAUAUUUUGAAAAAGGUAACUCAUCACGAUGUGGACAGAAUGUUGAAUGGUUAUAUGAAGAAUUUUAUUGAAAAGCACAACUUGUCAAUAGAUUCAGUAGUGUUACACUUCAUUGAGAAAUUAUUGACUGCAUUUAGUGAUCAUUGGAUUCACCUGUCAGUUUCUCACUGGGAACCUGUGAUGAUGACAUGCAUUUCUUAUGUUCAGUCAGUGCAGGAAAAAGUAAAAUGUAUAUUGGCUGCACUAAAAUUUGCAAUAAUACCAUGGAGUGAUGCUAUGAAGAAAUUAGCUGCUGAAGGAUGUAAGUUAAAUCAUCCUCAAGUAAUUGAAAUAAAAAGAUUGGAGAAAUUAGCGGAAAUCAAACUUGUUUUCAAGAAGUACAGACUUCCAACACAUUUGCUUGGAUCAUCUAAACUCACUGUAUUCAUCUAUUUGAUGAGGAAAAUAAUUUUGGAAGCUCAUGAUGAGAUGUUGAAAGAUGCAUUAAUCAUUGCUGAAGAUUCAAUAAAGUUUCAGGCAGAAGCAUAUUCUAUGUGCUUGCAUUACUACAUUUCAGGGAAAAUGUGCAAUGAAGCACAGAUCAUUCUUGAAAAUAUGAAAUCAGAAAUUUUUGAAAUCUGCACCCAAAGAUUACUGUGUCGUAUAGAAAGUGAGACUGAUUUGGAUGUUCUCUAUGGCUACAUUGAUGUGAUGAAUUCAGUCUCAUUUCGACUCUCCUCCGUUCUAAACAUUAGAAAAGAUAUGGAAUAUAUUAGAAACCUGCAUCUCUUGAACUUGAACUUUGGAUAUAAAGUAACAUUUCAGGAUUUUUCUUGUGAAAAGAAACGAAAUGAUACAUUUAAAAUGUGGAUAAAAUCUUUAGUUAUUUCUGGUCUAAAUAAAGGUUUAGAUGUUUAUUCACUUUGCAAAGAUGCAAAGUAUAUAGCACAGCUUUGUUUCUUUCCAAGUGGAGAUGGAUUUCUUGAAAUUUUCAAACAUUUAUCAAAGGAAAUAUUUAUCAGUGAAGGAAAUCAAAUUAUGGAAUUUCUAAAUGCAAGAAGCUCACGCUAUUCAAAAGGCAAAUUACAAUCUUUCAGUAAGGAGAAGCUUAUGAAAAUAUCUGGAAGUAAUCCGGAUGCACUUGUUUGUUGUAAAAUCAUGACAGAUUGUAUUCUCAAUGAAAGAUUAAGUAUAAAUGAUCCAUGGUUACAUAUAUUGUCAUGGAUAAAUCGGGCACGUGAUAUAUCAAGAAUGAGUGUAUGUUACAAAACAGAACAGAUAAAUGAUUUCAGACUACUAAAUGUGUUUCAAGAUUGUCCAGGGAGUGCUUGGAAACCAGAAGUUAUCAGAUUUGUGCAAUGUAUAUUUCAAUCUUUGGAGAAUAAUAAUAAAGAAGAAAGAGAUGAAUGGUUUUUAAAAUAUCAAUGUUCUAAUGAACUCCCUGCUAUUGCUGAAUGGCGUCUGCCAUUCUGGCCUAAUAAUAUGGAUAAAGUCAUAAAGUCAGAAUUGACAUUAAAUAAUUAUGAGCAAUGGCUUCAUAUGACUGGCACUCUGAAAAUGUCAGAAGACCUUAUUCGAGUGAUUGUGCUGAAGCAGUUAUCAAAUAUGCCUGAACUAACUUCAAAUGAUGCUGACUGGUGCAUGGAAAAUUUGGAUGAAAUUAUAAUUGAUCAAAUUUAUAAUUGCGCAGAAGGGAUAGUUAAUCAAGAAUUGGCUUGUGCAGUAUUGUACAGAGUGCUCGGAUUUACAAAAUGUGGAGCACCUAAAGGACAGCUGGCAAAGUUAUAUAGUGACUUUGCUAAAAAAUGGGCAGCUUCAGUUAAGACAAAUGAAGCUGAACAAAUUAUGAGAAAUGCAACUCAAACUUACCUGGACAUAUCUACAUCAAAUAUACUUUAUAAAUAUGGAAUUAAUAAUCCCUGCUACUUGGAAAAGAUUUCUAAACCAGAUGUCCUAGUGAAAGAACUCUAUGCACACCCAGAUAUUGUAAAUACAAAUCAAGCCAUCAAAAGCCCAGAUAUCAACAGCGCUGUUAAUGAAAUAAGCAGAAUACAUGAUGGAAUAAGGUGGAAGGAGUUAUUAUUAAAAUUAUUAGAACAGUGGUUGGCACCUUCUAAUUUAACAGGUGACAAAUUUGACGAGACAAUUACAAUUCAAGGGAAUCUUCAAACCCUUCGUGAUUAUGAACAAAAUGAAAUAGAAAACUUUACGAGAGCAUCAUAUUUAUUGAGUAAACAUGAUUCUGAUGCUUUAUUAGUAACGCUUUUGGAAGUGAUCUUUGGAAAUGGAAAAGAAAGGAGUAUACAAUUCAAACGGAAUGCUUUAACUUGUAUAAUGAGCACAUUGUCAAUGGAAGAAGUCUCUAACUUGUGUGGUAAAGCACCUGACAGUAUACGUGAACAUCUGAAUGUACUUCAGUUUGUAAGUGACUUAGAUUCAUUAGGUUAUAUAAUGACUGUUUCGCAAUUUGUUAACUGCAAGAAAUAUGACUUGGUAAUGGAACUUCUUAGUAGUGGUCAAAAGAAUAGACCUGUUUUGUCACUGGCUGCCCAGAUUGCUCUGAGAUUCCAAGUAUUUGAUUCUGAUAUAUGGGAACAGCUUUUGAAAAACAUGGUACAGGGAUGCAUGUCUGAAGAUCUUGAAGAAGUUUUAGGGAAGUUACCCCCUAGUACUACAGGCAUUGUUGAAGCAUGGACGUAUGUUUUCUUUCUUCCAUUUCGCUCUUGUAGUAUACCUUUGUCAGAAGAUCAAAGAAAAUGGUGUUUGAAUAGCUUCAAAUUACUUUACAAGUGUCAAGUUACAGAUCAAAUAGAUUUAGUUCAAAUGGGUCAAUUUUGUUGUCAGUUUGGUUCUCCUCACUGGGCAGCAAUGAUGCUUCCUUUGGCAAGUAGUGAGCAAGUUAAGCUCCUCAAAAAGAAAAUUUUGAAUAAUUCCAGUAUUAGUGAAGUACUACAUAAGUUAGAAGACAUUGAAGAUUAUUAUGUACUUUUAAAUAUAAAGAAAAUACUUGAAGAAACAGAAGACGAAAAUGUAAAAUGCUGAAUUUCUGUUUACACAGAGCAGAAACUGUCUAGAAAUAUUUUUUUAAUGCAGAUUACAACUCGUGAUCUUCCUGGCUGUCCUGUGUAGAUCUUGUGAGGUCUUCCGGGUAGCCGCCAGACCACAGUCUCUGGCGCGAAUCCGCGAAAAUCUUCGCCGUCUGAAUCGCUCGUGACUUCGGAAAUCCUCGCCAUCUAAUUCCUCUACUGCCUCCCUAUGUCUGCUGUUCCGACCCGGACAUGCAGGAGGAUCCCGGACGAGGUUCAACUCCAUGAAAGCACUUGCAUCGGCAUUCACCUCUUCCCUCCCCAGCAGCCCUGGGACCUUUUCAGCAUGGUGCUCCUGCGGUCGGAAGUCUUCAGGCUUGGUGCUGGAUUCCUAAGCGGCUGUGACACGAACUUGACGUCUCUGGUCGCCUCGACCUUCCCCUCACCUGGUAUCCAGAUUCUGCAGCCCUUAGUCUCUGCACUGAGGCCCACAAAGAUGUCCUUUCUAGAGCGCGGCUCGAGCUUACCUCUUCCGGGUGACCUGUCCAUGACGAAGACUUCACAGCCAAAUCGCUUGAAGUCGGACACUUCUGGUGCUCUCCCGAACCACAGUCCAUAGGGUGUCCGCCCGUUUAGUUUACGCGAGGGACAUCGGUUGCGGAUGAAAUUUGCUGUGUUCACCGCCUCAGCCCAGAGAGAGCAGGGCAGCCCUGACGAUCAACAAACGCCUUGCUGUGUCCAUCAGCGUCCUCUUCUUUCUUUCGGCUACACCGUUCUGCUCCGGAUUGUACGGGGCCGCUAACCUUCGUGAGAUGCCGUGCCUCUUCAGUAGUUCGUCGAUCUCUCGGUUCUUGUACUCCAGACCACAAUCCGACUGGAGACACUAUUUUCUUCCCCUGCUGGGUGUCCAUGGCGGCCCUGAAGCUAUCAAAUUCAUUGACUGCGUCGCUUUUGCUCUUCUGAAACUUUACUUCACGUCAGCGCGAACAGUCGUCAAUGAAUGUGUAGAAAUAUUUGUUCUUCCCAUACGAUGUCACGCGCAUUGGUCCACAUACGUCGGAAUGAAUCACGUCACCCGCGACGUUCUGAAGCCUUAGGGAACGGAGUUCGACACAUCUUCCCCUGCAGACAUCCCCUGCCACCAUCGACCAAGACAUCGAAUGCAGGGUUUGUCUUGGCAGAUGUCCAUUCUUUACAGCAUCACGUAAAUCCGGAACGUUCAAACGUCCGAGGUGGAUGUGCCAGCCUUCAAGGGAAUUGCUUUUCGGUCCCUUCCGCACGCCUUCGUCCUCGGCAAUCUUCGCGCACUCACCAUUCUCUUGUACACGGAAGGAGUAGAGGUUCUCGCAGUGAGCAGCACCUUCCCGUCGCCAUCUAAAACCUCGGUCCUUUUUGUCUUCCGGAAAAGGACACUGUUCCCAUUGUCCGUUAUCUUGCUCACCGACAUCAAGUUCGUGCGCAGAUCGGACACACAGUGUAUUUUGAAGGUUGAUCACCUUCACGCUCCCGUUCCCACUUCUGCCCUCGCUGAAACAGCCCUUUUCCCUCGUUUCCGUGCACGCGUUGUUGGCCAGUUUUCCAGGCCCUGUAUCGUCGAUAGCCUUGAAAGAGGCUACAUCCACCAUCGAUGCACCAUGCGUUCGGCCCUCGCAGCUGCCGGUACGGAAACUCACCUCUGGUGUGUUCGUCGACACCACUAGCGGUCUGCUGAAUUUUCGGGUCUUACACCCUUCUAGCCAGUCCUCGUUCUACGGCUAAUUUCCGAGCACACAGCACUUGCACAGCAUCCUGGAAUCCCUUUCCGACUUCUCGCCAUUCAUGCGAUUCCUCGACCUGCCUCCCCCGAAUUUCCCGGCAACCAUCGCGCUUUGACUUGCACUUCUCCUGGCGUCCUUCCGCGAAUCGAACUCUUCUCCGAUUUUGAUUCGCAGGACAUUGGGCGUCGGCAAGCUAUCGCGCAUCGAAAGUCGUCGAAACUGUCGGGCAAAUUUCGUAGCAGGAUUACCAUCAGCAGGUUUUGGUGGUUGUUCACUUCCAUGUCCGACAGCUUGUCCACUACGUCGAAGAAUGCACGAGCGAAUUCUCGCGCGUCGUCGCCAUCUUGCAUUCUCAUAGAGAUAAACUCAUUUAGGAGCGCGGCUUUUCGGGCAGGGCCUUUUGACUGGUAGAUUCCCUCUAGUUUUCUCCACACCGCCUGCGACGUCUCGCAUCCCUUAAUCUGCUUUAUUUCGGUCGGGCUUAUGGCAAGGAUGAUGUCUGACUGUGCCUUCAAGUCGACUUCCAUCCACUGUUCGAUGGCGUCGGCGUUGGUUCCUGUUGCUUCCGGCUUCACUUUCGUGUCAUUCACGUAACCCCAGGCAUCGUUCUUUAUCAGUGUUGCGCGCAUCUGUAUCUUCCAGGUGCAAGAGUUUUCCU